AUGAAGGAUGGUUUCAUGUUAUCAGAAUGUUGUGGAGGAAAGAUUAGUGAAAUUAAUGAUUCUGGCGGAUGGAAUUCAAACAUCAUCCUACCAAAUCCUUGGAGGAAGAAAGAAGAUGGAAAAAUUCUACAAAAUGUUCCCAUCACAUUAUACUGUGACGACACACCUGGAAAUAAAUCUAAGAAAUGGAAUAAACACAUCUCUUAUUACUUUACACUCUCCGGCUUACCACCUAAAAUUUCCAAUCAGCAAGCCAAUUGCCAUUUUCUUUGCACAUCAAACAUCACUGGCGCUUUGGAGUUAGGAGAUAUGGUUGUUGAACAGCUAAAUGACAUGGCUAUCAAUGGCUUCACAUCAUAUGAUAGCACCAUCUGCCAAGAAGUUCAUGUCAUGACUAGUGUCUUAUGUUUUCUGGCUGAUUCUCCAAUGCACGCCGAGAUUACCAACACACCAGUUCCUGGAAAUUCUCUCAACCCUUGCCGAUGCUGUGAUUUGAUGCCCAAAUCAACUGCAAACUAUGGAAAAAACCAAAGAAGACUCCAAAAAGCUGUGGACGCAUGCCAAGGAAACUGUUAA